AUGGGCCCCUAUACCGCCUCCUCAUGCUGCUGCCAGGCCCGUAAUCUGCAUGGGCCCCCGUACCAACUCCUCAUGCUGCUGCCAGGCCCGUAAUCUUUCAUGGGCCCCUGUACCGCCUCCUCAUGCUGCUGCCAGGUCCAGAGUGUGUCAUGGGUCCCUGUACGGCCUCCCAUUGCUGCUGUCUCCAUCGCCACACUCUGCCAUGUGCCACUUUUCAGGUCUCCUCACACUGCUGGUGGUUUCCAUUUUUGUCAUAGGGGUUGCUGUAUGGCCUCCCAUUGCUGCUGCCUCCACCGCCACACUGUGGCUCCACACUCUGGUUUUGGCCCCGUGACUGCCCAAAUGAGUGAAGUGUGCGGUGAUUCUAAGAUCGACGGCACUCAUGCUGCAUGUCCCAUUACUGACUGUCAGUAUUAUUCUCUCUUCCCCAGCAGACUCCAAGGGCAUUUAAAUUAAAGGUACAGUGUUCAUGCACUAAUAUAA